AGUCUCGCCUCGAGUACCUCGGCUGCUGCAGUCGGUGCGGACGUUUCGUCACGCCCCGUCCUCCGCGGUGUCGUCUUUGACAUGGACGGCACACUGACCGUUCCCAAUUUGGACUUUGCCGCCAUGUACCGUCGUUGCGGCGUGGACCCGCAGCUCGAUAUCCUCGCCGAACUCGCUACGCGGCCCCCCGCACAAGCCCAAGCCGCCUACGCCGUCAUUGAAGAAAUGGAACAACAAGGCCGGGAUACCCUGCAGCUCAUGCCCGGUGCUCGUGAACUCGCGGUCUGGUUAGCCGCACACCAGAUUCCCACCGCACUCGUCACCCGGAACACCCGGCGAACGGUGGACGUCCUGGAUCGGUUGCUCCAAACGGCAGCACCAACUCUGACCUUGGACGUGGUGAUUUCCCGUGACGAUGAACGGUAUCCGCCAAAACCGGAUCCGGCCGCUCUGUACGCUAUUGCCGAACGGUGGCAAACGUCACCGACCAAUCUCGUCAUGGUGGGUGAUUCCCCGGCCAACGAUAUCGGCUUUGGCCGCGCCGCUAACGCCGUUACUGCUCUUUUGGAUACCGGACGGCGGUAUCACGAACAACAAUCGAGCGAAUCGCACGCCACGCCG